UUUGCCGUGGAACUUAUGCGGAACAGAGCGGAAGCUACUUUAGCGUAGCCGUAUUGUACCUGCUCAUCAUAAAACGCAUAUACUGUCUCCUAUAAUGGUCUGACCGACCCCCCAGCACACCCUAACCCUGCGAGAGGACUCUAACGGUAUUUUCACAGCGAGGGAGCAGCCAGCGAGUCACCGACCGGGGGAACAAUGUCCAGCCGCCUGGCCUUCCAGACCCAGCUGGCCUCCAUCAUGGAGGUCCUGGCAAACGCGGCGGUGGCGGAAAUCUGCAAGCUGGUGGACGACGACUACGCGGUGGUGAGUUUACAGAUGUCUCAGUGCCAGAGAGAGAACAAAGCCCUGAAGAGGAAGCUGCAUCUGCUGGAGCUGAAGAUGGCCCGGGGGAACGCCGAGAGGAGGCUCCGGGAGAGUGCCAUGAACAGCAGCCGACCGAGGGUGCAGAUCAACGCCAGCGACAGGCUCCGAGAGUGCUCGCCCUCCGCCGAUGGUGUGUUCGAGCGACGGAUGGAUGUGGCUCUGUGGUCUGGCAGAGCCACUGCAGGGGACGCCACCAGCAAGCUGAUUUACUCUGAGAGCAUCCAGAGUAAGUCUCCAGAUGUGGAGCUGGUGGAGCCAGAGGAAGUGCUGGUGAAGGAGGAGAAGGUGGAGGCAAACAUGUCACAAAUUGAAGAAAUAGUGGAAGACGUCCCGCUCAUAGGAGAUGAUGGAGUUGUGGAGCGUGUCCCUUGCGGAGCUGUGGGACAGAGACCCGGCCUCGAACAGCAGGACACCCAGUCCACUUCCAGCCAGUCCCAGAUCCAGAGCAGCAGCACGAGGCGUGCCGGCAGCAGCAGCAGAGGAGUGGAGAAGGAGGAGGAGGAGCCGGAUGUGGUACUGGUGAAGGUGGAGGAGGUAGAACCGGUGACGGGGACUCAGAGCCAGACGGGCCUCAGCAUACAGGAGGGGCUGGUGGAGUCAAGCACCGAUGACUACAGAGCAGUUCUGCCGUUUGAUGAAACCACUCAAGCCUCCACCAAUCAGCUAUCUGACCUGCAGGAGUCUGGGCGGGGCUUCUCAGAGUCCACAGCACCUCAGUCGACCCCCGUAACCUCGCAGGACCUCAGCAGUGUCGUGGCAGUCCAGCUGCGGGUACCAGACACCAACACACCAGCUAGCCCCAACACACAGCAGAGAUCCAACAACCCUCUCAGCUCGGAGUACUCUCUGUUUGAACUGGAGACAUUCUUCACCCGCUGGGCCCCCGACAAUGACUCUGUAUCGGCCCCCGGUGGCCCUUCGUGCUCUCUGACCGCCGAUGACUCGGCAGAGUGUGACCAGGAUGGAGUUAUCAUUGUAGAGACUGAACCUCAGCAUGUGUCUCAGCCAGCACAGGGCUCCAUUUCCUCAGCGGGGAGGGUGAGUGGAGGGCAGAGUUUCUCCUCUGCAUCCAGAGUUCACAUCCAGCCGGCGGCAUCACAAGCGGGGACAUCUGUGUCCAUACCUCUGAGGAUACAGGCUCCAUCUUCCCAGCCUCCCUGGACCAGAACAUCAGCCGUGGUCCGAGGUGCACAGGCUCAGCUGCUGCAGCAUCGUAACAGCAGCAGGAUCUCUCAGCAACACCUCAGCCAUCCCUCUGCACAGACCUCCACCACAGCUGCCGCCGCUGACACUCACGGUGCUGAUAAAACACAUGUCUCUGGUAUCAGCUCAACCAGUAGGACUCUGAGCUCCACGAUGGCUCUGCAGUCAGCAUUACCUGCGAGGGGCUCCGCAGCAGGGUUGGCCAGCAUUGAGGUGGCUAUCGCAGCUCAGCAUCAAGCCAACCCCCUUGCCUGUCACAAUAAAGGCCAGGCCAUCAGCACUGCGUCUGGCGAGCGCCGCAGAAAGAGCUACGUGUGCCGGGCCUGCGGCAAGGCUUUUUCCGGCCUGUCCAACCUGGAGGCCCAUGAGAGGGUCCACACGGGGGAGAAACCCUUUAGAUGCGACACCUGCGGGAAGCGCUUCUCGGAGGCCGGGAACCUGAAGAAGCACCAGAGGGUUCACACUGGGGAGAAACCGUUCAGCUGCCAGCAGUGUGGGAAGAGCUUUGCUUGGAUCUGCAACCUGAGGACACACCAACAGUCUGCCACAGGCUGUGGACCACAGGCCAGGGGAGGGUUGGGUCUAGGCUGAUCACACAGCGUGGACUGUGGAGGACAGGACUGUUAUAGCUAGUCGUAUUUUAUUCACACACAGAGGCCAUUUCUUCAUUCUUAAAGUUGACUAAACCCCUGAAUUCUGCCAGCUCCCUUCCAGCUAAUUUAAAAAUGUGAGCACAGAGUGACUACCGGUCAGAGUAGCAGCUGCAGUCAGUCCGCUGGAGCUUUUACAGUCACUAGAAGCACAUUCAUGGCCGUUUGUAAAAGUUUCUGUGUGGUAGCUACUUAUGUUGUCACAUUAGCUAAGCUAGCAGCGCAGAGGAGUGUCAGGUAACGGCUACGUAGCAGGCCACAGUCCUGCAGAGUCGAGACAUUGGUUUCAGACAUUGCCUCCAGAUCAUAUAGUGAAAUCCAAUUGCAAUAGCCGGGUUUCACCCAGUAGAGGGCGGUCGCUGUCCUUUUUUAUAGCACAAUAUGAAGAAAUCAAAUACUGUGCGUUGAAAUGUCCAGAUUUGGAACUAUACUUAAUACCAAUACACACAUGUUGUCAGCAGAAAACUGCAGAUUUGGGGC